GGAGUAUUAAACCUGCUGCCCGAGGCGCGCUGUGCUAUUCUUGCCGUGCUGCUCUCUACCACCAACGCUUCUCUUCGCUCUUGUCUGCCUCACGAACGCUUUCGACCCUGACAGACCCGGAGCACUGCUGGUUAUCGAUGCCGUUUGUGUUGCGCUGCGUGCUGGCUAUCUGUGCCGUCGUUGCUUCUGCGGACGCGAGGGCGUUGCGCAGCCGUGCCGAGGAAGUCGGUACCGAGGAGGACACCGGUCCUGACGGACAUUUGACGGAGCCAUGGGUCGUCGCGGUUGCUGCGACUUUGGCGGUCCUAAUAAGCCUUGUUGCUGGCUCGAUACUGCUCAUCAAGUGGCGGCAGAAGCGGCGUAGACGCAGGGUGGAGAACUACAGUCACAGCCCGGAUGAGCGGGUGCCUCGGCGGAUGCAUGGUCCCUACGGCAUUUCGUCCACCUCGAGGACACCUUCUCCACAACAGCCCGCUCCUGCCCAUGUCUCCGAGAAGAUCCAAUGGGCCCCGCUUCCGCCUCAACGAUGAGGGGAGCCUCGCAAGCAGUCUCACCUGCCUGCCAAACACACGCCUAGGGCACGACGGCAUGCAUAGCAUCUUAGGACGCCCGAACGGCGAUCGCCGUACGCCAAGUACGCGUACGAAGGCGUCUCCACCGGCCUCCUAUGCUACUACUGCUGCCGUCGACAGCCCGCAGAAGCCCGCAAAAGUCGCGCUUUUACCACUCGCCAUUACGGACGAUGAUGCCAAGCAUUCGGACGGAAGUGUGGCGCCUUUCAUAUCCGUGCGCCGAUCCUGCCACCCUAUGCCCACGGCCUUUCGAAUAGUGGAAGGCGCGGGCACGUUUUCGCCGGCGCACACCAGGAACGAUCCGCUAUUCGCCUACCUUCCCGUCCUCUUACCGCCGUUAUACUCUACCCAAGCCGCACUUGGCCCCCAUAAUAGAGUUUGUUGGGAC